AUGACCGACCCCCACUUCGCAGGUCAACAUGGAACUAGCUACGACGAUCUAUAUCACCUCUACCGCAGGCGCAGAUACUACUCUUACCACUACCAAGUCUUCUAUUACGACCACUUCUUCCAUUACAAUCGACUCUUCUAUCGCAUCCGACUUUUCUACCGCAACCCACUCUUCUAUCGCAACCAAUUCUCCUACCUCAAGCACUACAACCGUUGA